AUGGCCAACGAACCCCUCCCCGUGCUCAUUGUCGGCGCCGGCAUCAGCGGCCUCAUCCUAGCCCAGUAUCUCAAAACCCAGGGCGUCCCGUUCCAGAUCUUCGAGCGCGACUCGGCGGUCGACGCCCGCAGCGGCGGAUGGGGUCUCACCCUGCACUGGGCAUUGCCGGCAUUGCGACAGUUGCUCCCCGAGGACAUCGUCGCGCAACUGCCAGAGACAUAUGUUAACAAGGAAGCUGCUGCGCGGGGUGAUACCGGCCGCUACCAGUUCUUCGAUCUGAAGUCAGGGGAGGCACUUUAUAAUGUUCCAGCUGCGGAACGGAUUAGGGUUAGUCGGGUGCGAAUGCGUCAGCUAUUGACGAGUGGGAUUGACGUGCAGUGGAACAAAUCCCUCAAAGACAUCGAAUCAACUCCAGAGUCCGUGACAGCCCAUUUCGAAGACGGCUCAUCAUGGCAAGGCCGCAUCCUCCUCAGCUGCGACGGUUCGCGCUCGCUCUCGCGCCAAAUCCUCUAUCCAGACGACCACGAAAUGCAGCCCCUGCCCGUGCAGCUCCUCGGCGCGACAGCUCUAUACUCACCUGAGGAAAUGAACGGCGCCCAGAAAAUCGACCCCUUCAUUUUCCAAGGCGCACACCCAGAUACUAACGUGUAUCUCUUCUUUAGCUUCCUCGAUACCCCCAAUAACUUCUCCGACAGCACAGACAAGUACCACUGCCAGCUCAUCGUCUCCUGGGCCGAGUCAAAGGGCAUCGACGUACCAGAGUCCAAUGCAGACCGCAUCGCCCUGAUGAAAUCGCUAACGGCCAACUGGGCUGAUCCGUUCCGGUCCCUGAUUCACCAGAUCCCGGAUGCAACGGAGGUGGUGUCCAUCCGUGUCGCGGACUGGAUUUUCACUCCGCAGAGGCAAAGGGACCAUCCCCGUGUGGUUCUGGUGGGCGAUUCGGCGCAUACUAUGACUAUGUUCAGAGGUGAAGGUGCCAACAACGCCAUCGUGGAUGUACAGGAUCUGGUGAAGAGGAUUGAUUUUACGUCGACAGAAUCGUUCACACCAGAUGCCCUUCGUUCUUCCGUCGCCGCAUAUGAACAGGAUAUCUUUGUCCGUGCGGAAACAUCCGUCUUGAAUUCGAGACAGGCGUGUCUCGAUGCGCAUGAUUUCGAGAAGAUUCUUAAGGGGAGUCCGCUAGUAUCUAAGAGGGUGCUUAAAGAGGAUAAGUAG